AUGGACGAUACCUGCGUCAACACUUUGCAGGUUGUGCUGAGGCGCUGCCGGCAAUGGGAGCAAAUCCUGCAGAUGUACGAGGCCGCUUGGAACAAGGAUUCAGAUGCUGAAGAGUUUGGCAUUUCGGUGUUCCUGACGGCAGUGCAUUGCAAGGACUUUGUCAAGGCUCAGCAGGUGGCCAGCAAGCUCUACCAGAAGCACAAAAAGUCUCAAUACCUUUUGUGGGUUGUUGCGGCUAUUCUACUGCAGGUUCGGGCGGGCGCUCCGCCCAAAUUGUUGGACCUUGCAUCUAUGUUUCUGCAAAAGGCUCCAUUGGACCUGGCUUCUCUGAAGGGCAAAGUACCCUUCAACCGAGGCCAACUCUACUUGUUUUUUCUCCACUUGGGCACCUUGCAGCUGCAGCAGAAGCAGGCCGAGGCGUUGCAACUCCUGGAGGACUGCCAAUCCCUCCUGAAGCUGCCCUCCGAUGUCUCUGCCCUGCGGGUCCAGCUUCUAUGGGAGGCUGGUCGCCGGAAGGAGGCGGUCUGCGAGGCACGGGAGCAGCUGGUGGCCAAUCCAGGUAGUUGGGCUCAUGCACAGGACUAUGCUCGAAUGGUCUUCGACUGUGAAGGAGCUCAGGCUGGCCGCUUGGUUGAUGUGGACCCGGUCGAGUCCAUGGAGGAGGUGGAUGCCCGUCGCACAGAAGAUGAGGUGCAGAAUGCCCUGCUUCUCUUCCGCCACUUCCAGCAGGUGAAGGAGCAGAGCGUGGCCACGGGCGGUGGCAGUGGGGUGAAUCGCGUGGCCUUCCUGGGAGAGCUUGAGCUGCGCAGGUGUGCUUUAGCUAUGUCCGGACCGGACGAGGCCAACCAUACAGAGGAGCUUUUGAAGGUCCUUUCGGCCUUCAUCCAGCACUUCUCCGGGAGGGCUCAUUGCUUUUUCGACCUCAAGCCGCACUUGUCAUGUCUCUCAGCGGCAGACGCGUUGCCUUUGCUCUCGGCAGCUGGACAAGGCCGCGAAGCUGUGGUGCUCACGGCACGGCUCCGUCGGGCCUUUCGACCAGCUCAUUUGCCAGAAGAUGCGAGUCAGAGAUCUGCUGCAGAGGCCGCGCUUCCAGCCGCUUUGGGGCCCCUUUUGAAGUCAGCAAUCAAGAAAGCUGACCAGGACAGACGAGGGACAGACUUGCCACUCUGGUAG